AUGGCUGAAGAGGACGACACCACCCGGCGGUCCUCCGAAAUAUCCCCACGCCAAACCUCGGUCGCAAGCACACCAGCUGGGCUCAACCAGCCUGUGACCAGAGAGGCUCUCGGUCUCAAGGUCGACACCCGAAGCGUCUCUCUCCCCGAGCCCAAGCCCGAGGCGACUGGGCGGACAACCACUUUCGCGGCGCGCUCCGACCGCCAUGCCGGGAACACGAGCCCCGAGGCGCUGCGACGCCGGUUCACAAACGCAAUCAACCGCUCGGCGACGUUUCGGACCGUCGAGGACCUGGACGACUUCGAUGACCCGUUCAGCCCCCGGCCGGGCUGGCAGCCUGGCUCCGAGCCCGGCUACGACCCUCUGCUCCCAGAUGGAGGGCACGCGUCCAUGGAGUUCAUGAACGCGCCGUGCCAGAUCACCGUUGUCGACUUUUCGCACAACCGCAUCGAGAAGCGCCACUACGAGAACCAGGGCUUCAUCGACGCCCUCGAGCGGCCGCAGGAGCCUUGGGCGCAGUGUCGGUGGAUCAAUGUGAAUGGUCUCAGCUGGGAUGUCCUCCAGGCUGUCGGUUCCAAGAAGGGGCUGCAUAAACUGGCAUUGGAGGACGUCAUGAAUCUUCGGAACAGAACAAAGGCGGAUUGGUAUUCCACCCAUGCGUAUAUCAAUCUCACCCUCCAGAAGCUGGUUCAUCUAGUAGAAGACGACGAAGCCUCUUCGAGCACGGGAAGUACUAUAUCACGAAAGUCUAUCGUGGCUGGUUUCCGUCGGUCAGUCAAAGAGCUGUGGAGAAGCAAGAAAGCAGAGUACCAGGAAUCUAGGAAUGACUCCAAGCUCCAAAAUCAAGACCCAGAGAAGGAAUCGACGCAGAAAUACUCUCAGGGACCUGGGCUUCCUGAGACUACCAUGUUGCGGACGGUUCAGAGAUACCAUGCCUCAAGCAAUGAGGCUCGUAUCGAUUUCAUGGAGCGCCACUCUUCUCUAGUGCCUUACAAGAUGGCCGUCUCCGCUGAGCAGGUCUCUAUCUUCCUUACUUCUGACAAUACUGUCAUAUCCUUCUUUGAAGUCUCGGCAGGCGACAUCGAGCGACCCAUCAUCACCCGCCUUAGCACAGCGGGCACUAUCCUUCGCGAGUGUUGUGACGCCUCUCUACUUGUCCAAGCCAUCAUUGAUGCCAUCAUCGAUCUUGCGAUGCCCAUCACAACGAUCUAUGCGGAUAUCAUUGGCGACCUGGAACUUGAUGUCCUGACCGCACCGCACAUGGAUCAGAGUAUAAGUCUCUACAUUGUCAUCAGUGAGAUCAACAAGAUGCUCACGUUUCUGAACCCCAUAGACAACCUAGUCAAUGUUCUGCGUGACCACAAGACGACUCUGACGCAGGAGCAGGCCGUGGCCGAGCUUCGCAACCCCAAGAGUGGAGUUAUCAUUUCGCCCAUGACACACACAUACUUUGGCGAUGUGCUGGAUCAUUGUAUCAUGAUCACUGAGAACCUGCAGCAGUCGAAGCGAGCAUCGGACAAUCUCAUCGAUCUCAUUUUCAACACAAUCUCAUCACACCAAAACGAAUCGAUGAAGCAGCUGACGGCUGUGACCAUCAUCUUCCUCCCCCUGACCUUCAUCACUGGUUUCUUUGGGCAGAACUUUGAUGGCGGAUUCCCGGAAAUUCACAGGGAUAUCUCUUACUUCUGGAUGUGUGCCGUUCCCACAGCCUUUGCUACGAUUCUGAUUUUGAUGAGGAACAUGAUCCAUUCAUGGUUCCGUCGCAUGGUCCAGAGGAAACAGGUUCUAUCUACGCGGCGAAGGAAGAAGCGCAGAAAGUCGUUCGUUGGCCGGACGUGA